GACGCCGUUCUUCUCUACGCUAUCGCCCUGAACGAGAGCCUGGCAAACAAUGUGUCCAUCUCAAACGGCUCGGAGAUCACUCGACGAAUGUGGAACAGGACCUUCAUUGGUAUCUCAGGCACUGUCAGCAUCGAUGCUAAUGGAGAUCGUAACGCAGACUACUCCCUCUUGGAUAUGGAUCCGGCUACAUCCACUUUCAGGGUUGUGGCCAACUAUUACGGGAACCGGAAGCAGUAUGAGCCAGUGAAGGGCGUGGAUAUCCACUGGGCAGGCGGCCGCACGGAACCGCCCCCAGACACGCCCACCUGUGGUUUCGACGGCUCCAAGUGUCCUCCUGAUGAACCCUUCCCCCUGUACGUCAUCGUUAUCAUCGUCCUCGGCUCCAUUAUCAUUGUUGUUCUCAUCAUUUCCUUCUUCGUAUACAGACACGUCCGGCUGGAAGCAGAACUGGCGGAGAUGAAUUGGCGCGUUCGCUGGGACGACAUCUUGUUUGGUUCUCCCGGGAAGAACAAGAAGCUAGAGAGACAAGAAAGUAGGAUGAGCCUCAACAGGAAAAACUCGUACAACAGCUCGUGCUCAGGGGACACUAUCGCCGCGCACCUCAACGACGGGAACAGGCAGCUCUUCACCAAGACGGGAUACUACAAGGUGAUUGGUCGGACGCAAUGCAAUUCGCCACCCCCCCCCCUCCCCUCGACCCCCAAGAUCAAAGACCUUCAGAAUGACCACAUUGUGAGGUUUGUGGGAGCCUGCAUAGACCCGCCUCACCAGUGCAUCAUCACUGAGUACUGCCCUAAGGGAAGUUUGCAGGAUGUCUUGGAAAACGAAGAGAUCAAGCUAGACUGGAUGUUCCGAUACUCUAUCAUGCAGGAUAUCGUCCGGGGAAUGACGUACCUGCACAGCAGCGAGGUCAAGUCUCACGGCAACCUGAAGAGCACCAACUGUGUGGUGGACAGCCGCUUUGUGGUCAAGAUCACGGACUUUGGGCUGCACCACCUGCGGAGGCCAGAGGACGAGGCGGCGGAGGAGAGCUUUGCGUCUUUCCAGCGCAUGUUGUGGACGGCCCCGGAGCUCCUCCGAAUGACUAACCGGCCCCGGGAGGGCACACAGAAGGGAGACGUGUACAGCUUCGCCAUCAUCUGCCAGGAGAUCGUCUACAGGAACGGCGUGUUCCACCUGCAGAAUCUGGACGUCAGUCCUCAAGAACCUGUCCCCAGGUCUGUAGCCGGUCAGCUGAUCCGCGGUGAGUCUGUGAUGGCGGAGACCUACGAGUCUGUGACCAUCUACUUCUCGGACAUCUGUGGCUUCACGGCGCUCUCGGCCGAGAGCACAGCCAUGCAGGUUGUGGAUUUGCUGAACGAUCUGUACACGGCUUUUGACACGAUCGUCGGGCGGUUUGACGUGUACAAGGUGGAGACAAUCGGUGACGCCUACAUGGUGGUGUCGGGUCUGCCAGUUAGGAACGGCGUGCUGCACGCGCGGGAGAUCGCCCGGAUGUCUCUGGCCCUGCUCAAGGCCAUCCAUAACAUCAAGGUCAGGCACAAGCCCGACUACCAGCUCAAGCUGCGGAUUGGGAUCCACUCAGGCUCUGUGUGUGCUGGUGUUGUGGGCCUCAAGAUGCCCCGCUACUGUCUGUUCGGAGACACUGUCAACACUUCCUCCAGGAUGGAGUCCAAUGGUGAACCCCUGAAGAUUCACGUGACAAACCCUAUCUAUCUGUCUCUGCUUGGUCCACAGGGUAAGGGCAAGGUGACGACCUACUGGCUCCAGGGAGAGGAGGCUCCCUCCAACAUGCCGCUCACCUCCCACGGCAUAUUGUGA